UAUUUGGUAAGCAAAAACAUUUCCAUAUAUACCCUGUUUUAAAGCACUAAGUUCAAGUUCAAUGCAUAGAACUUGGCCCCUCAACCUUGAAAUUCUUGGUGAGGGCCCUGUUAUAUCUCUGCUGCAUUCUUGCUCUCAAUUUUUUCAAUGGAAUUAUUCUUUGGCACGUGGACAGUUGGAGCUCAUAAGCAAGUGGUUGUUGCAGCUUAGAGGGUCUUUUUGCAAAAUGGCGGCAAAGAUUGAGCGGAAUCCUGGGGUUUCAUUUGAUGCUGGCUGGAUUAACAAUGUACAAAUAAAUUAUGCCUGCACUAAAGUAAGAGGAGAAACAUUGGGCACAAGAAGAUCAGUCAAGAAAGAAUGGCAGGCUGCGUGGCUUUUGAGAGCGGUGACGUGCACAGACUUGACAACUUUGGCAGGUGAUGACACUGCAGGUAAUGUUAGAAGAUUGUGUUUUAAAGCUCAAAAUCCUAUACGGAAAGAUCUGAUAGAUGCAAUGGAUGUAGGGCAUUUAGGAAUCACUUGUGGAGCAGUAUGUGUUUAUUCAUCAAGAGUUAAUGAUGCUGUUAAGGCCUUACGGGAUGCACGUUCAUCUGUGCCUAUAGCUUCAGUUGCUGCUGGUUUUCCUGCAGGUCAGACACCCCAUGCUAUAAGACUUCUUGAAAUCAAGAAUGCUGUUGCAGAUGGUGCUUCCGAAAUUGACAUUGUUAUCUCAAGGGCCCAUGCCUUGCAGGGAAACUGGGAGGCUGUAUACAGGGAGGUAAAAGAAUGUAGGGAGGCAUGUGGAGAUGCCCAUCUGAAGACAAUCAUUGCCACAGGAGAACUCGGAUCCCUUGAAAAUGUUUAUAAAGCGUCAAUGGUAUCAAUGAUGGCUGGCUCAGAUUUUAUUAAAACUUCCACAGGCAAGGAAGGUGUUAAUGCAAUAUUCCCUGUUGCAUUGGUUAUGGUGAGGUGUAUCAGAGAUUUCUUCAAGCGGACAGGAUACAAAAUUGGUUUUAAACCCGCCGGCGGAAUACGCAGUGCAAAAGAAGCCCUUGUGUGGCUUUCAAUGAUGAAAGAAGAACUAGGGGACGAGUGGACCAAACCCAACUUGUUCAGGAUUGGUGCCAGCUCGUUGCUGACUGAUAUCGAACGACAGCUGUAUCACCAUGUUUAUGGCCGAUAUGCUGCAGCCCACGAAUUGGCUAUGUCGUAAGGCGAAGUCGAAACUUGUCGCAGAUUGGUAUGGACUCAAAUAUUUAAAAAAAUUCUUAGUGGAAUAAUGUUUAUGUUUGUUAAGAUUUUCAUAUCAAUUAUAUGAAACAAA